AUUCCCUCUCUCCAAUGAAGCCUGACCGGAGGAUAUAAUAGAAGGCAGGGAGAGAAUGAUGGAGAAUGACAAAAAUCAGCACACUAUUAACUGUUUCCACCAUUUCUCUCUGCAUCUUCUUCACCUCCCUCCACCUGUCUUCCCCUCCUACCCUCACUAAUGAUCCCUCUUUCUCUUUCCUCUUCCUGGGUAGGGGUGUUGCAGGUCGGUCCCUCUCUGGCUUCCUAACUGCCUUGGUUAUGGUUAUGGUUAUACGCUAUGCACACAGAUAAGCAUCGCGCCCAAAUCUAAAUCUCUGGGUAAUCUCGCGAAUCCCCUUCCGUCCUUAAGUGAAGCUAUGUGAUUCUCAAACGCGAAUAACAAUUGGGAUGUGAAAAGCUUUGCACAGUUUGUGUUUAUCCCUUUCGUUCCAAACGUCUCAGAGCGUUUCCAAUGGCCGCGAAAGUCUCCGACGAGCCGCCUUCUCUUCCUCCGAAAAUUAGUCAGGGAAAUGGUGCAAAAUCAAGCAAGAGCUUCUUUAGAUCUAAAACCAAAAGAAGCCAAAGUUUCCCUCCACUAUGUUCCUCUGCUUCUGCUCAAGAGUUGAGAUGUCUUGAAGCUGGAAAUGAGAAGAAGGACAAUGAGUCCUCUCCGAAAGGAGUUAUCGAGGCUUGCAUGAGUAACGGGGAAAAUGAACCCAAAUCCAGUGAAAGUAACGGAUCGCAGGCUGUAGUCUGCUCUCCGAAUCCACGGGGGCAAUCGGGGUGGAACAAAUUCUUUAAGAUGUGGAAAAGAAGUACCUUUAAGCGGCUACCUUCCUUCCCGCCUUUUUCUGUGCCAAGGUUAUCAAGAAGAAAAUGCAAAAGCAUGAGAGAAGAUGUAGACAUGAAUUUGUGCCCCAUGAAGCCUUCCUGGAAGUUUUUCACCCUGGCUGAGCUCAAGACUGCAACCAACAAUUUCAGCAAAGAAAACUUGAUUGGAAAGGGAGGAUGUGCUGAAGUUUACAAGGGAUGCUUGGCAGAUGGGCGGUUCAUAGCAGUUAAGCGCAUGAAUAAAGGAUCAUUAGAGGACCGUGAAGAAAACUUUUUAUCUGAGGUUGGAACUAUAGCACAUGUCGAUCAUCCUAAUACUGCAAAGAUGAUUGGGUAUGGAGUUGAAGGGGGGGCUUAUCUUGUUCUUAAGUUAUCAUCCAAGGGGAGUUUAGGGUCACUUCUUCGAGGUCCAAGGGAAAAAUUAGAUUGGAAAACUAGGUACAAAAUCAUUCUAGGGAUAUCUGAUGGCCUGCUUUAUCUUCAUGAGAAUUGUCGAAGGCGGAUCAUUCAUAGAGACAUCAAAGCUGAUAACAUCCUACUUACAGAGGAUUUUGUGCCAGAGAUAUGUGAUUUUGGCCUAGCAAAAUGGCUUCCCAAGGAGUGGACCCAUCAUAACGUGUCGAAUUUUGAAGGAACAUUUGGUUAUUUUGCUCCAGAAUACUUUAUGCAUGGCAUUGUGGACGAGAAAACUGACGUCUAUGCUUUUGGAGUGCUACUUCUGGAGAUUAUAACAGGACGGCCAGCAGUUGAUGAAUCGCAGAAAAGCAUUGUGCUUUGGGCAAAGCCUUUGCUUGAUACCGAUGAUACGAAGGACCUAGUGGAUCCUCUUCUUGGUGGUUGUUAUGAUAAAAAACAGAUGGAUCAUGUGUUUCUGACUGCAUCUUUGUGUGUAGAACAAAAUCCCAUUUUGCGACCACGGAUGAAACAGGUUGUAACACUUCUGGGAGGCGAUAACGACAACAAUGAUGGUUCAAAAGAGAACCAGAAGCGUGCUCUCCAAAGGACCUACUCAGAAGAACUCUUUGAUGCCGAAGAGUAUAACUUGACAAAGUACUUGAACGAUCUCGAACGACAUCAGCAGCUCGCUCUGGACUCGUGAAAGUUUGUAUAUACACUUCACACGAUACAACAUAGUUUCAGAAGAAUGUCAUCAAUAGUUGAAAAGGGUGCAGUGGUUUUUCUUGCCUGCAUCACCCCAAGCUUCUUGCAUGGCACUUGGAGAAAAUGAAGAGAUAUUAGAGCAUUGUUGUCACAGUCAAGGUUUCCAAAUACUAAAAAGUGAAGAUAAUGGAUUCAAUGUUGUACAGCAUACUCUAGAGUUGAUGCCUGUGUAAAUAUGGUCCCACCAUCUAUUUUUGUAUAUAUGGUAUCAACUUUCAGUUUUACUCAUCCAUCUCCUCAAUUCACUGCUAAAAUGCUGAAAUGAAAUUAGAAAAAAAAACAUUUGUUAUUAGUGAAACUAAUGUAAUUCCCUAGUGAUUUUGAAUGCAUUAUUUAUGAUUACUAUAAA